CCUCACUUCUAGCUGGAAUGAUUUGUUGGAACAGAGAAAGAGAGAGGAGCAAAUGGAACAGCUGCUGCAAUCCCUCCAACCAAUCCACUUCGGCCCUCUUCUAGCCUUGUGGCCUUGCCAAAGGCCUUCAUUCCCCAUUACGUGGUAGAGUAAGAUCUUUUGUUACAAACGGGGGAUCAUGAAUAGCUUGAACCAAAAUGUGGGUCGUGUGAUGGUGGGUGUGGCUUUAUUGGCCUUGGCGGCCUUGCCAUCAUCCACAUUGGCGAUGGGUGGAUUAGAGGGGUUGUCCACAAACGAACUUGAAGACAUCCUUCGACAAGCUCAGUACGAGGAGGAUUACCCCCAUCUUUCCAAUGACUACUACGAACAAGAGCCCGAUCAAGUUCCAGCCCAAUACUACGAGUACGACCAGGAUCUCCCCAUGUUGGCGCAACGUUUCGACAGCGCUAUCGCGGGCAUGUCUGGUCUGCCACAACAAGAGCCAAGAACCGAGUCAUUGAGCCAUGGAACCCCUGUGUCCCACUUUGGAACAACCAAGGCCAAUGCUCCUAAGAAUGGUGGAGCCGUUCUUCCAGCGUACUGCGACCCACCCAAUCCAUGCCCCCUGGGAUACACCAGCAAAGAUGGAUGUUUAGAGGAUUUUGAGAAUACUUCGGAGUUCAGUCGAACCUAUCAGGCCCAUCAGAACUGCCUCUGUGAUUCUGAGCACAUGUUCAAUUGCCCCAUGGAACAAGGACCGCGCUCAAACGCUCCAGGGCAAGGCAUCAGCGAGAUGUUUCUGGAUGGAGUUCCACCGCUUAGUGGCAAAUCAUUGGAGGCGGAUUCUUUCAAUCCCUUUUUGGGAGGAGAGAAGCUCACCAUUGCUGCUAAAAAAGGAUUUGGAUUUUAAGACUGCUCAUCAACCGUUCAUGGACCCAAGACAACCUAGAUCAACGGAUUUGAACCCUGACGUGCGAACAUCUUCGAAUGGACCAAUCGUCUCAAGUUGGUUCCAUGGAUUCCACCAACCCCAUGGUCUAACUUGGGAGACUUUGGGAACCUCCUCCUCAUGUUUCUUUGUACUGGCGCAUAGGAAUCAAUUAACGAGUUUUUGACACAAUUUUUAGCACUGAAUUUGGUUUUCUGAUUAUUUUUACAAUAAAAUAUUUAGUUCGAAAAAAUCAAA